GCGUUGCGCAAGCAGUGCGUUACACGCUCCUCAACAGGAAGGAUGCGGUUGCCGAUAUUUCUUUGCGCUGCUGAAGGUAACUGGGGGAAAUAUCUUUUACUGCAGUGUUGCUGAAUUCACGAACGGGCAGAGAAAUGCUCAAAGUCGUGUAGUAGUUACUGAAUGGAAGAUCGAGACACCGGUGAAGGUAACGUCGGGCACUUGGGGAAUAAGAGUACAAAACGUUGGCCGGAUGCGAGAUUUUUUUAAAACAGAUUGAGUUCACCUGAAGACUGAGGCACAGGCAUCAUCGAGACAGGACACGGGGCGCGUCUUCCUCCGGAUGCACCCGCAGCGUCUGCGUACUUCUAAAAGCAGAGCCGGUUUGUCAUUCUCGUGGAGACGUCUAGAUUCGGAGCCCUCGAAGACUUCAGGAUGCCCAUUUUGAAGCAGCUGGUGCCGAGCUCGGCGUCCCAGACCAAGCGGCGCUCCCGCAUGGAUCUCACCACCGAGAUGAUCAGCGCCCCCCUGGGCGACUUCCGCCACACUAUGCACGUGGGCCGCAGCGGGGACGCCUUCGGGGACACCUCCUUCCUCAGCAGCCGCACCGGGGAGCCGUCGCCGGACGCCCACCCCCGCUCGCCCAAGCCGGGCCUGCUGUCCAGAACCUUCCGGAGCAGCAAGCGAUCGCAGUCGGUCACCCGCGUCGACCAGCGGGAGCACACGCUGCUGCCCCCUAGGGGCUCGCCCACGUUCGUGAAAAACGCCCUGUCACUGCCCUUCCUGAACGAGGGGGAGGGUGACGCGGCAGCCAGCAGGGCACACAAGAGCCUGGCCGGCAGCCCUCUGAGGCAGCAGGCCUCCAACGGGGCGGCCGCCCACCAGCUGGACCUGGAGCUCCACGAGCGCUGCUUCGGGGAGCUGACGGACCUGCGGCCCUUGCCGUCGUGGAACGGCGGGGGCAUGAAGCACGCCGAGUCCGUGAUGUCCUUUCACGUGGACCUGGGGCCCUCCAUGCUGGGAGACAUCCUCGGGGUCAUGGAGAAAGAGGAGGAGGACCUGGGCUUUGAGGAGGGCAAGAACAGCGAAGGGCAGGCUUCUCCGCUCCCUAGCGACCAGGGAGGGGAAGAGGAGGAGGAUGCAAUGAAGGAGGAGCAGGAGGAGAUGGUUGUAGAGCAGCAGGAGGAGGAGGCGGAGCUAGAGGCGGAGCAGAUGGCCCCUAACCACGCCCCCGGCUCAGUGGAGAUGGAGAUGGAGAUGCAGAGCGAGUCCGCUGCCGCGGCCGACCCCCAGCCCAGAGAGCUGCAGCAGGCCGACAGCUGCUCCGUCUCCAGCUCGGGCUCCCACGCCCUGGAGGACAAGCCGACGGGACAGCCCUACGGAGCGGACGCGGACAGCGCCGGCCACAGCUACCGCCCGGGCGAGGAAGGAGCCUUCUCUUCCUUCUUAGAGGACGAGGACGACGAGAUCCGUGUAUGAGACUGCGCUGGUCUUACUGAAGCUGCACAUGGACAAAGAAACACGGAAACAAUCAGACAGUCGUCUUCGUAUUAUGUAUAAGUCCAAAACUGCUGUUGGGUCCUGCAAGGUGGAUAUGAGCACAUCACAACCAUACUCUGGUGGCUCUGGGAAUAAUGUAGCCGAGGUCACCGCUCCCCGCUCCAUCCGUGCCUCUCCCGACCUGGGAACGGCAUCUGCCGGCGCCUGCUUUAGGAAAGAACGCAGAUGGGCAUGCGGGUGGCCAUGAGGGGCAUCCCAAAAAUAGGAAACUCUGCGUCCUCAAAUUUCUUUGUUUGCACUUUCUGCUUUCUGUCCCCGCCAGGCCUGACCGAGCAUGGGCGUGCACAACGUCACCACGUGGCUACCAUACUCUUCACCACACUAUCAGCGCAUGCUUGUUUGAAGGUUCGAGAGAGCAUGAAGCGUUCCCGCCCUGAUCACGCAGUCCGCCAGCUGCAUGCGACAGGCCCGGGAGCAUAGCGGCAGAAACGGAAGGAGCCGCAGAAGCAGAUGAUACGGGUUCCGUUUUCUGCCCUCCCACAGCUGGCUGACUGUCACUCGGUGGCCUGCUUCUUAGCAGAAAUCUUUUAUUACACUUUUCCCCCUGACUUUGUACAGGAUCUCGUAUCCUGGUUGUCUCUGCUGUGCCUUGCAUAUCUUCGUACUUCCUUCCCUGUUAUGUGCCGGGAACGAUUUGGCUCAGCCGCUAGGCAGUUGAUGUGUGGGACUGGGGUCUGAUGCCAGGAGCAGACUCUGUGAGGUUUGGUGGGAGAACGUUUUGUCUUCUUAUCCUAGCAGACAUGGUGUCAUUGCACUAAUUAAGCUAAAACUGGUAUUCCGGACAGGAAGCGCCUGGCAUUCGGCACAGCCAAUGAGCCCUAAUGGAAAUAUCACCUGAGUGUGGGACACAGGCAACACUAACUACUGCUCACAUAGUUUACUCCUGGUUGGAAAUUUCAGAGUCAGGAGAAUCUUCUGGGAAAAGACACAUCACAUGUUGGUGAGGCCUUCCCAUCUGGGCCUUUAUUUAUGUUGUAGGCUAUAGGAAGUAGCCAAGGAACGAGUUGUAAGAAAUUCUAACAGACCUUUUAGCAGCAAAAUUCCCUUUUAGCCUGAAGUCAAAAUGACAGAAGUGCCAAAUUUAAUCAGAUAUGUAAAACAAUUUGGAUAUGAUUUCACAUGGGACUUAGCAGGGGCUCUCCCUGACUGACCUUAGUAUUCAAAUCAGAGGCUAAAACCUUGGACUUAAUUAAGGGAAAUGCGUAGCUGGAGUGUAUUUGCAUAAACCACACAAGGGGGAAAGCAUUGUGUAGCAGAUCCAGUAUAAUUUGGAAGCUUUUUUCAGGAAGGCUAUUUUGAAUUUAAAGAACAAAGUAAAUGUGGCUCCAGAUUUGCUGGUGUUUAUAAGGUGGAAGUCUGGUCUUCUUUGUGUAAGAGCAUUGUUCAUCACGCUUUGAGUCUUUCAUCCUUUUUUUAAUAUCCUAUUAUAUAUGUUUUUCUUUGCUUGGUGACCUAGUUUUGAAAAAGACAACAUUUAUGGCUAUAUUUUCAAUAAAAGGAAAUGAUCAAGUA